AUGAAGAAGCAGUUAAGAUAUAAGAUUUUUGCAUGCUGUGACUUAGUCUGUGGAUUUAUUCCGAAGUUGCUUAGUCACCAUGCACUGUCUGGAUUCAGGCUGCGAGUGGCGCGGAGCGUGCGGGCCGCGGCCUGCAGCCUGCUCGCGGCCUCGGCGCCCGCUGCACCCUGCUCGCCUCUGCCCUGGCGGCUGCGGGCGGGUGCCGUCCGGACGCUGCGCACUGGACCCGCUCUGCUCUCGGUGCGUAAAUUCACAGAGAAACAUGAAUGGAUAACAACAGAAAAUGGUAUUGGAACAGUGGGAAUCAGCAAUUUUGCACAGGAAGCUUUGGGAGAUGUUGUUUAUUGUAGUCUGCCUGAAGUUGGGACAAAAUUGAAAAAACAAGAUGAAUUUGGUGCCUUGGAAAGUGUGAAAGCUGCUAGUGAACUCUAUUCUCCUCUAUCAGGAGAGGUAACUGAAAUUAAUGAAGCCCUUGCAGAAAACCCAGGACUUGUCAACAAAUCUUGUUAUGAAGAUGGUUGGCUGAUCAAGAUGACACUGAGUAACCCUUCAGAACUAGAUGAACUAAUGAGUGAAGAAGCCUAUGAGAAAUACAUAAAAUCUAUUGAGGAAUGACAGUGGAACUCUUACAUGAACUAGUAUGGAAUAACUUAAUCCAGCACAGUUUUCUCUUAAAUUAGUGGCGGACAGGACUUAAAAUAGCAACUUUUAGCAAUCUUGAUGGAAGAAAUACUACUUUCAACUCUGCUACUGGAAGAAAAUAUACCCUAACUUUGUAAUGAAUGCAGAAAAACUCAAUAUGCAUCUUUUUCACAGUACCUUGUGAUUUUUAUACUAGGCCCUAGGCACUGGUAUUCAGAAUACAUGAAGUUAUCUGUGGUAAAA